UCCGUCCCAGUUGCUGACGAUUUGGGUCUGCACCGGAAGUGCCUGUGCAGCAGAUGUGGUACCUACUGAGUGCUGUUUCGGUCGCUCUCCCGUCUUUCCCCGGCUGGGUAUUUGCGUCGCACCAUGGCGCCCAAGGGCAAAGUGGGCACGAGAGGGAAGAAGCAGAUAUUUGAGGAGAACAAAGAGACCUUGAAGUUCUACCUGCGAAUCAUACUGGGGGCCAAUGCCAUUUACUGUCUUGUCACCCUGGUCUUCUUCUACUCAUCUGCUUCAUUUUGGGCCUGGAUGGCCCUGGGCUUUAGUCUGGCAGUAUAUGGGGCCAGCUACCACUCUAUGAGCUCGAUGGCAAGGGCAGCCUUCUCUGAGGAUGGGGCCCUGAUGGAUGGUGGAAUGGAUCUCAACAUGGAGCAGGGCAUGGCAGAGCACCUUAAAGAUGUGAUCCUGCUGACAGCUAUUGUGCAGGUGCUCAGCUGCUUCUCCCUCUACAUCUGGUCCUUCUGGCUUCUGGCGCCGGGCAGAGCCCUUUACCUCCUGUGGGUCAAUGUACUGGGCCCUUGGUUCACAGCAGACAGUGGCGCCCCAGCGCCAGAGCACAACGAGAAACGGCAGCGCCGACAGGAGCGGCGGCAGAUGAAGCGGUUAUAGCCACUGACAUUGUGGCUACAGGUUUCUGGGCCCCGGGUGGCUCUAUCAGGCUGCAUGGCCCCCGUGCCAGGAGCAAUGAGGGCCUAGUCCAAGGGCCAAAGGCAGUCUAAGGUAUAGGACUGGUGAAUAAAUGGCUUACAAUGUG